AUGGCACAUAAAAAGGGCCAGGGCUCAACCAAGAACGGACGCGACUCCAAUCCGCAGUAUCGCGGAGUGAAGCUCUACGGCGGUGAAGCUGCGAAGCCGGGCGCGAUCAUCAUCCGUCAGUGCGGCACCAAGUUCACUCCAGGCUUCAAUGUCCGUAAGGGCAAAGACGACACGCUCUUCUCCGUCGCGACCGGCAAGGUCGUCUUCCAGAAGAAUGGCCGUGUGCAUGUCGAUCCAUACGAGGAAGAUGUCGCUCGUCCACAGUGGCUCCGCGACUACCGCGCCGCACACGCUGGUUGA